GCCGUGAUCGCCGUGACGCGCCGUCCUGGAGGUGUUUUAAAACACCCGUGCGCCGGCAGGUCCCGGGGUUUGCCACCGCCCCGUAUCCUCUGCGGUCGCCUCUGCCCCGCAGGGAGCGGCCGUCCCGCCCGGAGCCCCGGCGCUGCAGCGCUCCCGGAGUGCCGGGAGCAUCGGCACGGGGAGCGGCUGCCCGGGUUCCUCGCCCAAGUCCGCAAUAGGUGUUCUUGGAAAACGUGCUGGCACUUUGGAGCUGAAAAAGGACAUGAGGAGUAAAAAGACCCAGGAUCUCACUGGUCAGAAUGAAACAUAUGUUGAAAGAUUUUUCAAAUCUAUUGUUAGUAGUGCUCUGUGACUACGUUCUCGGCGAAGUGGAAUAUCUCCUGUUGGAGCACCCGGAUCAUGUAGCUUUCAGCAAUGACACAGUGUCUGUGGAAUAUCAGUACUACAGUGGUGGUAAUGUGACAGCAGGGCAUGUGUCCAUCCUUUUAUUGGAUGCCAGCACCAGUGAGAUAAUUGCAAGAAAACAGCUUCCUGCAAAUCAGUCCCGGGGGACGGUGGUGUUUGAGUGCUUCCAUUUCAAGAGUGCUGGUGAUUUCUUGUUCAGAAUGGUCUCCGCCAGUGACAACAGCAGUGCUGCUCAGUGGGGCAGAAACAGCAUGCCCACCCUCCAUGUGGAAUGGCCUGUAUUUCACAUUGAUUUGAACAGGAGUUCAGAGGUGCUUGGGAGCUCCCUUCAGGUUGGACUUUUUACAAAUGAGCAGUUAUGUGCCAUGAACAGGACUGUGAUUUCACUGGAUGUGAUAUUCACCAGCACCCUUUAUGAAUUCAGAAGAGUAUGCUCUGAUGAGACUCUGGGCAUUAGAACUAGCAAAGGAAUCCCCCUGUCUAGGUCCCAGUGGGUAGAGUUUGACUGCCCACCUGUCAGUCAAGAAAUAUACAUCACUGUCUUACUGAAAUCGUUAGAAACACAUUCCAUCUUUGCCUCCAUAGGACCUGUAGAUUUCCACCACAAAUUUGGAUACAGACUAGUUGUGGCAGCAGAAGACACAUGCAAAACUUUGGUUCAGGUCUUUGUAAUCUCUCCACCAUGCACGUCUAUCAGUGGAAAAAUUGUUGUUUAUAAAGAGGCUCUCAAGCAUCCAAGUCAAAGAACAACUUGGCUGUAUGAAAACAUCCUUCAGCCUGGAGACAACAGGACAGAAUUUAACUGCACUUUGUUUGAUGUGGGGAAGAACAAAUACUGCUUUGACCUCCUCAACUUCUCAAAUCGAAGCUAUUUUCCAGCAAGAGUUAAGGAGUGUAUACUGAUCCAAAGGAAUAUGGAAACGUGGAGCCGGUGGCAGCCCUGGAGCCCGUGCAGCGUCACCUGUGGGGACGGAAUCCGGGAGCGCUUCCGAGAGUGCCUCAGCUCCUCGCUGGCAAAACCAGGCUGCGCUGGAUCGCCAAGAGAGACUUCCCUGUGCUCGCUGGAGGAGUGUGUGUCUGUCCAGCCUCCCACCCCACCUUCUGUUCAGCCAGGAGAGGACCAGAAAGCAAAUAACAUAGUUACCAUCACAGGUAUCUCGCUGUGCUUGUUCAUCAUCUUUGCCACUGUUCUUAUCACCCUCUGGAGGAAGCUCUGCAGAGCUCAGAAGUGCAGCACCGCUGUCCGACGAAGCUCCGUCCAUUCCCCCGGCUUCCGGAAGAACUCAGAUGAGGAGAACAUUUGCCAAGGCAACAAGCAACGGGACAGCUUUGCUGAAGGAGGGGACGCCCCUGUUAACAUUCCCCUAACCUACAGGCGAAGCCUCCAGUUUGCCCAAGAAGAUGAUGCCUCUGGAAGUGAAAACUUUCAGCCAAAUGCCCAAAAAAUAAUCCCUCCAAUUUUCAGCUACCGCCUGGCACAGCAGCAGCUGAAAGAGAUGAAGAAGAAAGGCCUGACAGAGACGACUAAGGUGUACCAUGUCUCUCAGAAUCCUCUCACGGACACGGUUCUUGGUGCCACCACCAUGCUUCCCCUGAGUGGGGAAAACCAAGAGGAGGCAGCGGCAAACAAAUUUCGGAUCAAAUCUCCAUUCCUGGACCAGCCAGCCAGUCAGCCCAAGUUCCUGGGAGAAGGCUCUCACCCUAGGCUGGAUUUUCCAUUCUCACAGGCCAAUCCUGCAAUGAGCCCUACCCAAACCUUGGUAAGAAGAGGUCAUUUCAAGCACCAGGAUAACAGAGUGGACUUGCCUGAGAGGGGCUGUCACAGAAAUUCGCAGUUCAGAAGAACAGCCAGUUUCCAUGAAACUAAAAAGGCCAGGCCUUUCAGAGAGAGAAGCAUGUCCACUCUCACACCCCGACAGACUCCUCUCUACAACUCCAGGACCAGGACGUGGGACCAUGGUCUGGAGGACAGGACACGGCCAAAAUCAAGAAACGCCAAUCCAGCUUGUGAAAAGCUGGAUCAGCCCCAGGGCACUGUGCUGGGGUGUGAACCACAGGGCCAUGGCACAAAGCCCCACCACAGGGCAGGUCCCCCGGUGAGGAAGCUGGACCUGAUCACGGAUCGCCAGCCUGCUGGUCAGGAGAGGGCAGCUGAGAAGCCUGAGCCCAGCCGAAGUAAGAGGGGCCCUUCUCCUAACCCCAAAGGUGUGUGGCGGAAAGAAACCGGCCCAAAUGGCAAAGAUAAUUCCCAGAGAGGCCAAAGCAUCAGCCCUGCCCAGUAUCGAAGGGACAAGUGCCAGAGCUUCCCCCUGGACCCUGAGUUUGCCUUUUAUGACAAUUCUACUUUUGGCUUAACGGAGGCGGAGCAGCAGAUGAUCGACCUCCCUGGGUAUUUUGGCUCAAAUGAAGAAGAUGAAACAAGCACUCUGAGCAUUGAGAAGCUGGUGAUCUGAGUGACUCAUUGCGGCCCUGCAGGAGUGCCGUGCGUGGGAGAGGAUCUGCAGGAUCACUUGGCUUCUGGUGAAAGAAAGAGCAGGAGUCAUGUUACCUCUACACAUAGCAGCAGGGAGUAAUGCCCCAGGUCUGGCUUGUGGGAACAUAUUCCUUUCUAAUUACUGAAAAGUGCUUUCAUAUAAUUAUUUUUUGUAUGUAUGUGUGUACAAGACACACAAAGUACCCUGGGAAGGAACACGUUAGUUAAGGUGUGGCUCAGGAAUAGCCAAUAGAUUUUAUUGUGUAAAGCAUCAUGUUUUGUGCAUCAUACAUGAAGAGUGCCGCUGACAUUUCCCACCUUGUCCACUGUGUACUGGUAGACUGUGAGAUACUGAAGCAUCCACUGUCCAGCACCCUCAACCAUCUGCCCUGAUUAGUAAUCAUUUCCCAUGUAGAAAGCACAAAGCUCAAUCUGUGGGCAGUUUUCAUAAUUUUUCUGAUAGUCAUCAGUGAACUGUGUUGAUUUGUAGGUGUUGCUCAAAUAACUCAUAUGGUAGGGGGUGUUUUAGCUGGUUGCAUGAAAGUGCAAACAUUUGAUGCUGAAUAUUGGAGUGAAUUUAAAAUUGAGGAGACAUUUUCAUCAUUCAAGACUUUGAUAUUUUCUUACUGUCAAUAUUUAUAUCAAGAAAACAAUGUACAAAUAUUUGCAGGAAAUUAGUACAAAAGGCAUGCUACAGGGAGGGCAAAGAAAACAGGUGAUCAGAUUUUAGUCCUCACAGAAAUGUUACCGCAGCAUGUUACCUGUCAAAAGCAGUGAGAGAACUGUUGAAUUAUGCAUCCUUUCCAUAGUGAUCCUUUCCUUUAUUAAAAUUUUUUAAUGUAAGUACAUUGACAAUAAUACUACCAUGGCAAGCUCAAAAUAAAUUAUGAACAAAACCAGAAAACAACAAGAUUAUUUGAUUAAUACCCAUUCUGGGAAGAAAAAAUUAAAAUGGCUUGACAAUAUCUGGUGAUUCACAGGGAAUCUUAUAGAAUCAUUUACAUUUGAAAGACCUCUGAAAUAAUUAAGUCCAACCAUUAACGUAACACCACUGUGUUCACCACUAAACCAUACCCCUUAACUGGCACAUCAACACACCUUUUGAACACCUCCAAGGACAGUGAUUCCACUGCUUCCCUGGGAUACCUCUUCCCAUGCCUGACCACUCUUUCAGUGAAGAAAUUUUCCCUCAUAUCAAAUCUAAAUCUCCUCUGGCACAACUUGAGGCCAUUUCCUCUGAUCCUGUCACUUUUUACCUGGGAGAAGGGGCUAACUAACUCCCGCCUUGCUACAACCUCCUUUCAGAGAAUUGUAGAGAGCAGUAACAGUGAACUACAAAAACCAUGAUGGGCUUUUUUGUUGUGUUUUAAAACCAGACAUCACAAAUUUGCCAUUAGAAUUUGCUUUAAGUAUUCAGAGUUAGGUUGGAACUCCAAUUAACAGCAGAAGCAGAGCUCAGGCUUUGUGGAUGACUAAGACUUUUCUUGCCAUUUGUUAGGAUAACCAUCUCUCUGGGGACUUUGCAAAGACCAGGGGAAUGCUAGUGGGCAGAAACAGGAAAAGAGGAGAUGCUUCCCAUGGAGGUUGGUGUAAGAGAAGAAAGGUUUAGGCAGUGGACUAUUAGACUGAAAUCAACUCUCCCCUAAGGAGCCUAACCCUACAUGCCCUUUAACCUGCCUUGUGGGUGUGAAAGCAAAAUUAGCAUCUGCUCCAUUGUCACGAAGUAGGCUGCUAUCUUUCUUAAAACUGGCUUUCUGAGCAGAGAGAUUUCCCAAUGUCAUACUUCUUCCCCCCCCAGCCCUGCUCCCCCCCAAACCAGCAGCAAUAUUAAAGGGAGAGCAGCAUUGCUAUGUGUAAGCUGCCAGUUUCUGAUGGCACCCCGCUGCAGUGUCCAAAGCUGGCACAGGUAGCUUGACAGGCACACGGUGUUACCUGCUGUGACAACACAGGAGGAGCAAGCCUCAGCAUUUGGCCAUCAGAGUCAAAUCUGGCUGUUUGAAUGGCCUUUCUGAUGGGUAAUGCUUUGCAGCUGCUGCUGGAGUGAGGGAUCUGACUCGGUGGGUGAUGUGAGCUCCCUCUUUCCCGGGAGCCAUGCCAAGAUGCUGAUGUUCAGCCCUUGGCCCAGCGUGGUGUUGGUACCAGCGAUGCAUUCCCGUGAACUGUCAGCUUGAAAAGCUGUUUAAAGCAUCUAUAAACGUGUUCACGCUUGAAGACUUACCCAAAGGCAAUCAAAUGUAAUGAGGCUUUAAAUUGACUUUAGUGAGCUGGAAAUCACGCCUCUGGAACAAUUGCUGCUCAGGUUACUUAUCCUGCCUGUACUAAGGUAAGGUCUGUGGUGUGAAGUACCUUCUCCCUGAAGCGGGAUCCAUCAGCAUUGGAGCUGCAGGGCUACAGUGUCUGUUUAAGCUUUGUUGAGCCUCUCAGCAUGGGAGAGAGACCCUGGAGAAAUGGGAGACCAGAUAUGCAGUGCAGCAACAUUCAGCAAGCAUUUCCCUAGGCUUCAGCAGGAGGGAUUGGAGCUUGGCGCUAGCCCUCAGAUCCACUAAGUACUCAGCUAGUGCCAUUCUACCCUGUUUAUUAAAAUUAAAGGUGGUUCUGAAAUGCUUCCUGAGGUGUGCUGUGGGAUUUGGAGGCUCCUGCACAAAGCCCUGUGACCCUUGCAUCUCAGAGGGGGUUUCCUUUGCCACAGCAGGGCGGAGUAAAGGCAACAUUGCUCUAAAUCAGAUGCUGCUUCUUCCUGCAAAGUUGUCCCAAUGUUGGGCUGUGUUGUGCAUUAGAUGUACUUACUACAUUUUACAUCAAAGGCAGCAGGGCAAACCUCUUCCCUCCCAGCUUGUCAUGCCUUGGCCUCCCUUUCCCUCUCAGAGACAGGAGAAACACCCUGGCACUGAUGUUGGCUGAAGGCAGUCCAGCUCUAAUGCCUGCCCCUCCAUACUGACACACAGGGAAACAGGCUCCAUAGUCUGGAUUUGACAUCACUCAUUGCUCACUCACUGGGGAACUGGACUGGGUGCUGGUUGUCUGAUUUAGCCCUGAUGACUUCAUCUCCACCUUGAUAAUCCAUUAUCAGAUGGGUUACCAGAUGCUUAAUGAACUGCCAGACCACAAAUGCUGUCCCCUAAAUGCUGUAGUUUCCACAGUCUUUGCCCUACUUCCUUAGCUCUCUGCUGAAGGAUGGGAUUGAGCAUCAGCUGCCAGAAGGCACGAACUUAUUUCACUCACAUUUCUCUGUGUCUUCAAAACAAUAAAAAUUAUCCUUUCUGCCCCCAGUGCUCCUCAGAGGCCACACAGUUAUAAUGUGUGCAAAGUCAUUCCUUAUGUCCCAACAUGCAGUUACAAUCUUGCACUGAGAUUUUACCGUAUCAAAAUACAGAAGCAGUGAUCAGAAGGGAAAGGAUAAGUGCUGCCUUUUUGCAGCCCUUUCUUCACAAGGGCAAUCUCAUUUCAGACAUGUUGGUGAAAAUUUCACUCCACAUGAGCGUGCUUGAGAAGAGGGCAGGGGGGCAGUCUGGCCAAGGGCACAGGCUCUAGCAGCACAGCUCCCUGGAGUGCGGCCCAUUACGCUGGAUGUUCAUGCUUGCAGUCACUGGGAUGUCUAGGAAGCAAAGGAACCAAACCAAGUUUUAAACUCAACCUUCACCUCAUUCCUCUGCAUUGUCUCCAGGACAGCUUGAGCCAUGAUAAUUAAACUUACCUUGCAGACUCUUUCAACUACCCAGGACAACAGGUGAGAAAGCACCAGAGCCAACACUGAAAGAAUACAUUUCUCAUAUUAUGAGCUUUCCAAGAUUUUGAUCCAGAUUUCUUUUCACAUUCCUAUUGUUGAAAACCAGAUAAAAAGUAUUAAGUCCUACUCAGACGGUUUUAUUUCGCUCUUUGUCGAUAUGUAUUCAAAUUACAGUAUGUAUGGAUAUAAAAGCAAGUAAAUGGAAGAGAAAUACCAGUUUAAAAAUUAUUAUAAAUCAGAAUGAAAGGAAGCAGGUUUAAAUUAUUUGCAUCAAGCUGAUUCUGUUGUUCAUUUUUAAUUGUUGUUAUUAACAGCUGUAGAAAAUAAAUUUUCAGUAUUCCAUUUCUUUCAGUCA